ACAAACACUGACAGGCGGAGGCACAAAGAGUGAGAAAGAGGGAGCUUGCAGCACCUGAGAGGCAGCAGCAGCAGCAGCUUAAUUAGCAUCAGGAGGAGAUUCGGUCACAGGCAGCCACACCAGGACUCCUGUAGAUAAACUGCUGUUACCGGUUGUGGAGCAGCACGGGCAGGCUACAGCGGAGGAGGAGAACAAGGCUGGAGCCAAAGCUUGCACGAGAGGAUGAGAAGCAUUGCUGCCACCUGACUCAUACUAAGAGUCAGCCUCAGCACCUGCAGCGGCAGACUGAGCACUCCAGCUAUUAAGGAGACUGGGGCAGACAGGGAGAGAGCUGCUGAGAUUAUGCGCUGGGCAGAGAGCUCCUGUGGAUUCCCCAUCUUUGGCAGCAGCAGCAGCAACAGCAGAAGGAUCAGGAGCUGUGGCUCUACAGACAGCAGAAGAGCUAGCUGGAGCUGCAGCAAAACAAGGAGCUCUGACUCCAAAGCCAUUUAUUUAUCAAGAAACGAAGGUAGCAUUUACAGCCAAGGUGUAACAGAAACCAGCUGUCGAUGUAGCCACAGUGUUGAAUGUACCUGUAGCCGGAGCAGUGACAGUAACUACAGACCUGGUGCAAAGGUGCUCACAGCAGUGCAAUUAGGUGUAGUUGUAGCAGUAGCAGGGGGGAGCAGUGGCUCAGGACACUGAAUGACCAGUGUGGCUGAUGAAGGCCACCUGGAUCCGCUUGCUGAAACGAGCCAAGGGAGGUCGCGUCAAGAGCUCCGAUGCCUGUGGUUCGGCCGACUCCUACACCAGCCGUCCAUCAGAUUCCGAUGUGUCCCUGGAGGAGGAUAAGGAGGCAGUGCGCAGAGAGGCAGAGCGACAGGCUCAGGCACAGCUCGACAAAGCCAAGACCAAACCAGUUGCAUUUGCUGUUCGCACAAAUGUCAACUACAGCCCGAGUCACGAUGAUGAUGUCCCUGUGCCAGGCAUGGCCAUCUCCUUUGAGGCUAAAGACUUCCUCCAUGUCAAAGAGAAAUUCAACAAUGACUGGUGGAUAGGACGUCUGGUGAAGGAAGGCUGUGAAAUUGGUUUCAUCCCCAGUCCAGUGAAGCUAGAAAACACUCGUAUCCUCCAGGAGCAGAGAGCCAAACAGGGCAAGUUCCACUCCAGUAAAUUGGGAGCAAACUCAUCUUCUAGUUUAGGUGAAGUGGUUCCUAACUCACGGAAAUCUACUCCUCCUUCGUCUGCCAUUGACAUAGACGCCACAGGCUUAGACCCCGAGGAAAAUGAGCUUCCUGUCAACCUGCGCUCCCCUAAAGCCAGUCCAAACACUGUCAUGUCACCCCUAGCAAAAGAGAAACGAAUGCCCUUCUUUAAGAAGACGGAACACAUUCCUCCGUACGACGUAGUGCCUUCCAUGCGGCCCGUGGUUCUGGUUGGACCGUCACUGAAGGGCUACGAGGUGACUGACAUGAUGCAAAAAGCACUGUUUGACUUUUUGAAACACAGAUUUGAGGGAAGAAUAUCAAUCACUCGCGUCACGGCAGACAUCUCUCUUGCCAAGCGCUCAGUCCUGAACAAUCCCAGCAAGCACGCCAUCAUUGAACGCUCCAACACACGCUCAAACUUGGCUGAAGUCCAGAGUGAGAUUGAGCGGAUUUUUGAACUGGCCCGGACGUUACAGCUGGUGGUUCUGGACGCAGACACCAUCAACCACCCGUCACAGCUGGGGAAGACUUCCCUCGCCCCCAUCAUUGUCUAUGUCAAGAUCACCUCCCCCAAGGUGCUGCAGCGGCUCAUCAAGUCCAGAGGCAAGUCUCAGGCCAAACACCUCAAUGUCCAGAUGGUGGCAGCCGACAAGCUGGCUCAGUGCCCUCCUGAGAUGUUUGACAUCAUCCUCGAUGAGAAUCAGCUGGAGGAUGCAUGUGAGCACAUGGCUGAUUACCUGGAGGCCUACUGGAAAAGCACUCACCCCACCGGCUGCAACCCCCCCAACCCACUGCUAACGAAGCUGCCCACAGCCACCCUGCCCUCCAGCGCAACCCCAGCCUCCGGUGUACAGGGCAGCAGUGCAGAGCAGAAGGGAGAUAAAGCGUUAGUGGAGCGAAAGGGCUCCAGAGAUGAUCACCAGCACCAUCAUCAUCACCACCACCACCACCACCAGAGCCAGGACCAGGCUGAUGCCGAUGCAGAGGCUGAGGGGGAGGGCAAUGAGGAAGACAGGCCCCUGAGGACAGAGUCCUCCAGGAGAGCCCAGCACAUCCACCACCGUUCGUCUUCCACCAGGACUGAGCACCACAACCACCACCACCACCACCACCACCACCACAGCAGCCGGGCUAGGGGCCUCUCCCGGCAGGAGACUUUGGACUCUGAGACCCCCGAGAGCCGAGAAAGCAGAGAGAGCCGAGAAAGCAAGGACUCGGCUUAUAUUGAGCCGCGCACUAGGCUCCUCCACCAGGAAGAGGAGGAAGAGGAGGAGGAAGAGGAGGAGGAGGAGGAGGAGGAAGAUCUAGGGGAGGGGCAUCCCCAGCAGCAACAGCGUUACGAGCCGCUGCCCCACCGGGACCACAACCACCAUCACCACCACCACCACCGCGGUGGGGCUGACGAGGCCGGCCACAGCACAGGACACCACCGCUCCAAAGAGCGCGAACAGGACCAUAAUGAACGUAACAAGCAGCGCUCUCACCACCACCACAGGCCAGCACGUGACCACCACCAUCACUACUACGACCGGGACAGAGACAGGGACCGAGAGGGGGAGGUGGUUCCCAAAAAGAGGGGUGAUGGAGGAGAAUGGGUCAGAGACUCUUACAUCCACCAGUGACAGACCAAAUCCCUCCUGAAGCUCGUUUGGACUCUCCUCUUAAAGACCAUUCUGUUCUCCCAUUGUGCUGCUAUACCCUGGAACCACAGCAUCCUAUUUAUGUACACUUCCUUUGUAAAUGCUGUUGCAUCUUUUUCAAUGGCAGGAUUUUGAUUACAUAGAUACAAAUAUAAAUAUAUAAAUAUAUGUAUGUGUGUAUCUAUGCAUAGACGUUGUUUAUGUGUGGAUAUGCAUGAGUCUCAAAUAUGCAUAUUUUAAACCUGUGUUUGAUAAAGCAUGACACAAAAGCAGAAUUUUUUUUCUGUACUGAGUUGUGCUUUCUGUGAUUAGCAUUUUUUAUUUUGUUUUUAUUAUUAUUGUUUUUUUUGCUUGCUACCACUUGAAUAAUAUGUUCCUUCAGACUACUGCUAGGGUUGACUGCAAGAGUUGAUAAACCAAGUUAGUUUGAUGCUGUAUUUGCAAAGGUCUUUAAAAGAAUUGUUUGGCAAUUUGGGAAGUACACUAAUUAAAAAAAUAAAUAAAACCAAUGCAGUCUAAUACAACAGCCCUGCAAUAAAUCCUACCUUCAUGAAGGUUAUAAUGUUCAGUUUUUUGUUUUCUUUUAAGCUGUUUUAAAGAGGUGUUGAUUCAACUCUUGGGAUUUUGGAGGCAGCCGUUUGUGGUGGUGUUGGGUUGCAUUGUGUUACACUGACAGGUGUUUCUCUUAUUUUGUCCGCUCAUGUAUAUCAUUGAGAGCUGGCUAAAAAACAGAAACAUCUCUCUGUAUAUGCUCUGUAUAUACAGCUGAUUCAACACCUCUCUCUUAUUGCAGAAUCAUUCAUUUUAAACUGCAUUAGUUUUAGCUGGGUGUACCUAAUAAACUGGCAACCGAGUUUAAAUGAGAAGAUCAAUACCACUCAUAUUUGUAGGGUAAAAAUGAAGCAAAAUCUGGCAGCCUGUUAGCUUAGCUUAGUCUGUAAACAGGGGAAACGGCUAGUCUGACUCUGUCUGUAAGGGAAAAAAAGCCUACCAGCACCUCUAAAGCUCACUAAUUGACACUUUAUAACUUACUUGUUUCGUCUGUACAAAAAAAGAGUCUAAAAAGGAUGAGCUGUGAUUUUACAGCAGGGCUUCACUUUUGCUAACUUCAGCUAACUUAAGCUAACCAGCUGCUGGCUGUAGCAGUGGAUCCUAGAGUGGUAUCGAUCUUCAGCAACAAAGCUUGUAAAUGUAUUUCCCAAAGUGUCAUACUACAACAUUAAUUUUAUGUUGAUCAUUUAUUGCUUAGUUUUUUUUUUUUAAUUCUGCCUCCCCUGGUUUUAGACAUUUGGUUCUAACAUAUUUAUGCCUCCUUCGAGGUGCACCUUAGUCAUGCCUUACAAGACAAACGAGUUCUACAGUAACUUCCUCUCUUACAUGCAGUACUGUUCUCUUUGUAUGGGUCCAGAAACAUUUUAUAACACUGAAACACCCUUUUCUCCUGCACUUUUACUGGUUCACAUUGGUUUCGUGUAAAAGCAAUUUGAUAUGACAUUGCAACUUACUGUAGGUGUACUACCAAAACUCCAUGAAGGUUCAUCUUUUAUUAAGUCUGAUCUCUUUUCUAAUGAAUGUUGUUUAACUCCCACUUUAAUACCCAUUUCACAGUAUACAAGAAUGUUCAUUGUAGGAUAUUUCUUUAGUAUGUUCCUCACUAAAAAAAGAUAAGACACAUUUGCAAAACAAAUUCAAACUAUAUCAAUUGUUAACCAGAGGAAGAUGGUUAAGUUUUCAGUAUUUUUGCCAUUUUCUCACUCGCCUGACUAAUGCAAAGGAUCUAUUUAAGGCAGAGUGAUGGUGUUUGAUGGUUUAAGAGGGUCCAACACCUGAACUUUAAGCUCAAUAAAGAAUCGAGGACGUUAAUCUCAUAUUUUCACAGAUAUCAUGUAUGAAUUCAUGAUACAGUAAAUCUGAAUUGAGCCAAAUUGGAGUCCAAGCCCCUCUGUUUACAAAACCACCAACCCCUUCCCCUCACUUUCUUUGGUUUUGCCUGACAAUUGUAAUUAUAAAAACUCCAUUUAUAUGCUACACUGGUAGCACUACAGAAUUUUUUUUAACAGUGUACAGGUGUAUGUACAUAAUGCAUAAAUAUAAAGAAUAAAGUUGGCAACAAAGGACUGCCAAGGGGGGAGAGGAA